AAAUAGACCCGGGAGGCUGGAGUCCCACACAGACUUUUAAAGGAACAGCUGGGAAACAGGAAAGAUGCCCGCAUCGCCAACUGGAUUUGGACAUUUCUUCUUGGAGAGGAACCUCGUAAUGCCGGCUGGAUAUCAGAUCCCGGUGCUGGGGUGUCCACCGGGUGUGCAGCAGCAGCAGCAGGCGCACCAGGCGCAGCAUCUGGCGGCUAUGGCAGCUGGAGUUCCCUUAACGUACUCAGGACUUCAGGGAUACAACUUUAUCCCAUAUCCAAACCACAGGCACGUCGCGCACAUGAGCAGCGGCUUCGACCUGAAGGCCCCCUCUCCUUAUCACCAUGCCCUCCUGGCCCGCGGCGGGGUCCUCUACCCUCCCUACCGUCCGGGCGCCGCCGAGGACCUUGGCAGGGUUGCCAAGGUGGCCACCCGGGAGAGCACCGGCGCGCUGAAGGCCUGGCUGAACGAGCACCUGAAGAACCCGUACCCAACCAAGGGCGAGAAGAUCAUGCUGGCCAUCAUCACCAAGAUGAGCCUGACGCAGGUCUCCACCUGGUUCGCCAACGCCAGGCGGCGUCUGAAGAAGGAGAACCGGGUCAGCUGGGCGUCCAAAGGCAAGUCUGACGAAGAGGACGAGGAGCAGGAGGGCGAGAGCGACGAAGAGGAGGGCCCCCCGGAGAAGCGCUCCCUGGAGGAGCGAGACGACGACGCAGACCAUCACAGAGGCCGAGCGGCUGCAGGCGAGCCGGAGCCAGAGAGCUCCGCGGCUGCAGAGGAGCGCUUGGAGGUGCAGGAGGUUGGCGACGCCGGACCGGAGAAGAAAGCUGGAGACAGCGAUUCCGACGACACGCCCCCGGCUUCAGAAAGAAAAGAGAACAUUAUCAGUCAGAAACCCAAAAUAUGGUCGUUGGCAGAGACCGCCACCUCAGAGACGUCGAAGAAACCUCUGGACAGCUUUUACCACCCUGCUGGGAGACUCUGGGCAGACUGGGCUUCACGGACCGGACUGUUGGUUCCGGCUUACUACACCACUCAUGAAAUAGUCUGAUCCGACCUGGUUUAAAGACGGUUUCUGAAAAACAAAGCUUUUUGCACUUUAUAAACCUUCAAACCUCAUGGACUUCCUGAAGUUUGCUAUGAAAUGAAAAUCUGUCGGGAGACCAAAGAAUAAGGAUGUUUUCUGUCGCUGUAAAUAAAUGUAGAUGUAUUUUUCCACCUGGAUGAUGUAAAUUAUAUUUCCUUUGUCUAACCAUAAAGAAGUAUUUUGUUAAAAUAAACGUUGGCUUCUUCUAAACUUAA